CACACGCACUUCCGGCCCGGGCUGGCACGCAACUUCCCGUGGGGGAGGGGCGGGUGGUCGAAGGUGAGAUGGUUGUCUGAGGGGCCAGGGCCGACGCCGAGUCCGAGUGCGGGGUUGACGAUGCCAGUCACAGUGGGACCGUAUGGGCAGUCACAGCCCAGCUGCUUUGACAGGGUUAAAAUGGGCUUCAUGAUGGGCUGUGCAGUUGGCAUGGCAGCUGGUGCACUUUUUGGCAGUUUCUCAUGCCUCAGGUUGGGGCUGAGAGGCCGAGAGCUGCUGGGUGGUGUGGGGAAGACCAUGAUGCAGAGCGGAGGCACGUUUGGAACCUUCAUGGCAAUUGGAAUGGGAAUCAGAUGCUAACACAAUUCUUUUUUCUUCCUUUCUGUUGAAAUUUCAAAUAUUGCAGAUAAUGUACCAACUGGCUCUGCCCCCCUGAUUACAAGCUGUACAAUAAUGGAAAUUAAAGUGUAUGAUUUAAUGUUG